AUGUUCAAGCAGCUCAGCAUCCUCGCCGUCGCCGCGGUCGGCUUCGCCACCACCGCCGCAGCCGAGGGCUACGCCAAGGUCUACAACCAAUGCGACUUUGAGGUGACGCUCUGGUCCGUCGGCAAGGACGUCUCCAACGGGCACACGCUGGCCAAGGGUGAGUCGUACGCGGAGCCCUUUGCCGUCGACCCCAAGACGGGCGGCCGCACGCUCAAAAUCACCCGCGACCGCGACGGCCUCUACACCGGCAAGCCGCAGACCAACUACGCCUACAGCCUCACCCAGCCCAACGUCUGGUAUGACCUUAGCGACGUCUUUGGCGAUGCCUUUUCCGGACACAAGCUGCACCUCGCCAGCGAUGAUAGCACCUGCCCGACUAUCCAGUGGGACAAUGGCGUGCCCCCCGGUGGUGCUCACACCCACGUCUGCCGCUCGGAUGCCUCUGUCGUCCUUACUCUUUGUGCUUAA